AGUCGGUGUCAAAACGAUUUUGAACGCGCCAGCGAACGGUUGUGUUGAACGGAAAGAAAUCAAAGAAGUUCAAGAAAAACAAGAAGACGAAUAAGAAGUUGAAGAGGAGCAGAAAAGUGUAAUACGCAAAAGCAAACAAAAGUGCAACUUUUUUUUAAAGAAAAACAUUUUUGAAACUGUGACUUUUAAACCGGUUGUUAAAUGCGCGCUGCUACUGCAACAAUCAACUGUAAAACAACAAAAACAACAACAAUACCUGCAGUAAAGCAACGCCGUCAGCUUGCACAUUCUUUUUCGCUUGCCUGAUACAGGGGAUAACAGCAAAAAAGAGGAGCAAACAAAUAAAAGAGAGUUUAAAUACUCAAUAUAACCGUUAAGUCGGGAUCGAUACACAAAAUACCAACGACAACAAUAACAAAAACAACACUAAACAUGGCCCUCUCCAUUGUAAGCCGCAGUCUAUUGCGUACUUCGAGAGAAAUCCUGGAACGCAAUAUGGCCGCAACGGUGGGCGCACUGCAGCAGCAGCAGCACCAGCCCCUUUCCACCUUUCCAACAAGCGAUUGCAACAACAAUCGCCUGGUGUCUGGUUCAGCCCAUGGUGCAUGGAGUCUUGUCUACCGUCCGGCAACAGCACUGCAGAAUGUGCGCCUAUAUUCAAAGAAAGCUGCUGGAGCAGCCACUAUGCGCCGCCAGGACAGCGAUUCGGAUUCCGAUUCGGAUGACGAGUUCGAGCGACGUCGCAGAAAUGCCAAUGUGAAGCAUAGCGAACGGGGCGAUUCUGAGUUCUGGCGCCGCAAAAUGCGCACCCUGCAUCGCAUCAUGGAUGUCAAUCACGAUGGCGUCAUCUCGUACGAUGAUUUUACGCUGUUGGCGAAACGCUUCAGCGAUUUGGGCCAUUUGUCAGACGAGAUGGCCGAAGAAUUCAACGAGGUGAUCAAACAGACCUGGGAGGAGCAAUUCGGCGAGAUAACCCCAUAUAAUCUAGUGACUGCCGAGCAGUUCCUAACCGAUUUGCAUCAUCGACUGAACGACAAGAAAAUGGCUAAGCGCAUUGGUCGCUUUUUGCCCUAUUUGUUUAAGGCCGUUGACUUCGAUCACACUGGCCAUUUGGAUCUCGAACAAUAUAAGCUCUUCUUCCGCUGUCUGGGACUAUCUGAAGAGGAUGCUGCCAUUUCAUUCGCUGUGAUAGACAAGAAUGGCGAUGGCCAGGUGUCGCUCAAGGAGUUUGUACAUUUGGGUCGUCAAUUCUUUUUAACCGAAGAUGAAACCAAAAUAUCGAAAAUGUUCUGGGGCCCGCUGAUUGCUGAUCAUUGACGCGUUGCAGUCACUGCUGUAGAUCAAUAUUAUGUUCGCUAUGCAAACAACAAAACCGAGCCAAUGCUGCCAACAACAACAUCAACAACGAUUCCAACACGCGCGCAGUUGGCGUGCGGCAGUUGGCCAUAUCUACAGCAUGUGGCGCUGCAUAAAUCGGGACCAUUCACAAGGCAAACGACAAGCGACAUUAACAAAACUAACAACAAGAUCAUUAACAACAACAACAACAACAUCACAGGCAACAACUGCAACAGCGACAUCAACAAAACCAACAUCAACAUCCAUCCCAAUGCCAACACCAUCAAUUUGAUCACAAUUAGAAAUAUGAGCAUUUAUGAUUAUUUACGCCAACAUUUCAAUGCGGCCGGCAAACGCAAUCGUCGCUAUUCGACGGACAGCGAUGAGGAUGUGCCUCCGCCCUCGCCAAAGGUGCGCAAACACAAUCAUUACAAUCACAAUCACCACAACAACAACAAUCACAAUAACAACAGCAACAACAAUCAGCAAAAGAGUGGAAGCCACCAGGGGAGGAGGGAGCAGCACGGCAAGCAGAGCCCCAAUUCUAAUAUGCAUAAUUAUGAUAUAAGAUUCUUUUUCUAUAUUAAUUCGCUUAUACUAUUCACAAUGUCCUGCCGUCAAGUUGAGGGCGAGGAUCUGAAGCAUUUCAUUGUUAAGCACAUCAGAGAAUUCGAUCGGCUGCGCCGCAAGGCGCGCAAGCGACGCAAGCGUAAAACUAAGCCAACAACUUCAUUGCCAUUGUGAGAGCAAAGAGAAGUCGAGGCAAAAUUUUUUUUUUUUUUUUUUAGAUUAUACAAUGUACUACAAUUGAUAUAUACACAUGUAAAAAAUAAUAAAAAAAAAAAAAAAAAAAAAAAAUAUUAAAAUCCUAAUAGUAAGUGUAAUUUAUCUGCCAGACAAACCAGAUUGUAAUUAGAGAAGUCAAAUUCCAAUAUUCAAAAUCAGAGACAUGAAAUUUUUGAGAAACCCAAAUCAAAGAAAAAGAAUUUUAAACAGGUUCUAAAAGUGUUGACCACAUUUGACAUUAGGUUUACAGUUAUGCUGAGGUUUGAAUAUAGAGCUAGUAAGUUAUAUGGAGAUUACAUUUAGCAGAGUUAAGAAAUUUAACAUCAGGUUAUUUAUAUGCAUAUAAUAAGCUGAAGGCAGACUAAUUUUACAAUCAAGCUGGAAAUAUAGUUGACAAAUCUAACAUGAGCAUUGAUCAACUUAACAUUGAUCAUUUUACAAAGAGCUGACAGGAAGAUAAUCUAAAUCCUAACAAUAACUUUACAAGGCAGAUAAAUUUGGUAUGGAUAUAAUUUUUGUUUCUUAUUGCUAGGUUAAAUUAAUGUUAAGCAGUUUAACAUGAGUAUACUUCUUACAAUGAGCUAUGUAUAAAGUCUGGCGGUUUGCAAUCACAUCAUAUAAAGCGAUAUGUUUAUAUGGAAAUACCUAUACACCUAUAAGCGUACUCGACUAGUGGAUACCCUAACAUAUUCGUAUUAAUCGAGAUGGAAUUGAUUCGUGUCUUUUGUGCUUUCGUUGAUAUUUGAAUGUUAUCCAAAUCGCAUAUUUAUAAAUGCCUGAUUUUAUUAUUAAAUAAAUUUUGGAAAUAAAUCAAA